AUGGCCGACGUUCGCAGCUUCACAGUUCGACCCUUGUCGAAACAGCCCAACCCCAAGGCCGACAACAAAGAUGCAUUCAGGAUAUACCUCUCCUCCUCAUCGAUGGCUAGCUCUCGACUUCGAGCUGGUGACCUAUGUUGCUUAACGAUGGCAGAAGGAAAGCCAAAGACCGCUAUCGCCUGGACAGCCGUGGAGAAUAUACAAAGUACAGUCGUUCAAACUUCUCGGGCUCUCCAGGACCGCUACAACAUCAAGGUUGGGGAGAAAGUGGCGAUAACCAGAAUUGAUGGUUGUCUGCAGAACCUUGCUUCCGUCGUUUUGGCCGAUAUCACCGACGCCGAGAAGCUUGAAAAAUAUGGCGAGAUCCCGGCCGAUGAAAGACAUUAUUGGGAAUGGGCUCUGGAGUCAAAUUUAUCGAAAUCAGAAGUCCUUGCCAAUGGAUUGGUCUUCGAAUUAGACCUCAAGGGUCAACGUCGCGCUUUCAACGUCGUUGCGGUACAGCCGCAAACUCCCGGCUACAGCAAUCACACCAUAUUCCGAUUCGUCUCGAAAGCCACAAAGGUAUCCAUCGGAACGGAUAUGGGCGAAGCAGAAGAAGAGAAAUCAUCUUCCAGAAUUUCGGUUGAAUCGGGGGGUCUGGGUGGUCUUUCAAGGCAGAUCGAAGAUAUCAAUGAGAGCCUAUCUGACUUCAACGACCAACACAAACUAGUCAUGCCAUCAUUCUAUCAAAGCAACCGGGGAAUCCUGAUCUACGGACCCAAAGGCACCGGCAAAACAACCCUUCUGCAGCAGAUUGAAAAAGCAGGCUGGAGACAGGUCUUCAAAAUCGGCAGCUCGUCCCUCGGUAGGAGUAUGAGCGAGAGCGAGUCAAAACUCCGAAACAUCUUUCAAGAAGCAGUGCGCUCUAAACCCAGCGUCCUCAUAAUCGACCAACUAGAAUUCAUCGCGCCAAAACGGAAUUCCCCCGAAUCACAAUCUUUGGCAUCCGUUCUCUGCGAGAAUCUAGAGGCGAUUCGGGAUGGGUCCGUCCUUGUCGUUGCUGCCACAAGACAUCCGAAUCUCGUCGAUGAUUCCCUCCGCACACCGCAUCGACUGGGAACGGAAAUCGAACUACAAGUCCCGACUGCACAAGACCGUGCUGAAAUCCUUCGUGCUCUUCGGGGCCCAGUGUCUGCUGGGUUGAGCGACUCUUUUCUGGAUUUGCUUGCUGAGAAGACUCAUGGGUAUGUUGGGGCAGACUUGUUUGCUUUAUUACAAGUGAUCUGCCGCAAGGCGCGACAAAGGCAGAGCCUGGAGCAAGGGCUGUCACUUCAGAAUCUGGAGAUUUCAUCUUCGCCCGAGGGCGAAGAUAAAGCCAGCGUGGAGUUGGAUAUCCAAAUGACAGAUAUGAUGUCUGCGCUCCAAGAAAUCCGACCCACUGCUAUGCGUGAAGUGUUCCUAGAGACACCUAAAGUGCGAUGGUCAGAUAUCGGCGGACAGAAGGAGAUCAAAGAACGUCUACAGAAUGCCGUCGAGCGACCUCUCAAGCAUGCUCAAAGAAUGCAAAGACUCAACGUAAAGAGCAAAAAGGGCGUCCUUCUCUACGGACCUCCAGGCUGCGCCAAAACACUCACCGUCAAAGCCCUAGCCACAGAAGCAGGCCUGAACUUCCUUGCCGUCAAGGGCGCCGAGAUCCUCAGCAUGUACGUCGGCGAGUCCGAGCGAUCCCUCCGAGAAAUCUUCCGCAAAGCCCGAGCAGCCCGACCCAGUAUCAUAUUCUUCGACGAAAUCGACGCCAUUGCUGGCCGACGAAGCAGCGGCUCCCAAGGCGGCGUGAACGUUCUUACAACACUGUUGAACGAAAUGGACGGUAUCGAAGAAUUACGAGGCGUGCUCGUCGUUGCAGCGACCAAUAAACCGGACGUACUAGACCCUGCACUUAUGCGUCCCGGUCGACUGGACAAACUCGUUUAUAUUGGACCGCCUGAUCUUGAAGCUCGAAGAGAUAUCCUGCGUAUCUGGGCAACCAAGUCUGUACUCAGUCCCGAAGUGAAUCUGGAUGACUUGGCUGAUCUGAUGGAGGGAUACUCUGGAGCGGAGAUUGUUAGUAUAUGCGAGACUGCGGGUGAUGCGGCGCUUGAUGAGGAGGAUAGGACGGGGCAGGAACAGGAUCUCAAGCCGGAGCACUUUGAAAUUGCGCUGAGUCAGGUAAAACGGCAGAUUACGGAUGAGGUUAUUCAGGAAUAUGAGCACUGGGCAGAGGCUCAAUCAUAG